AUGGAGCUAGACCACAAACUUUACACCGUCGCGUGGAUCGCGCCGUUAGAGAUCGAGGCCCGCGCGGCCGCUUGCAUGCUCGAUCACGAGCAUGAUGGACGCUUCUCUAUGCAGCGCGGCGACGACUACGUCUACCAGGCUGGCGAGGUUUGCGGGCACAACGUCAUCAUCGCAACGCUGCCGGCGGGCCAGGAGUACGGCACGGGCUCGGCGGCCGCGCUUGCGAGUCAGGUCAAGAAGUUCUUUCCCAACAUCUGGUUCGGACUGCUUGUCGGCGUGGCGGCGGGCUUGCCCAGUCUGACGGGGCCUUUGAUACGCGAUAUCCGACUGGGCGACGUCCUCGUGGCGCUGCCUGAGGGGGACAGCGCGGGGCUGGUUGCCUACGACCUCGGCAAGGAGACGGGUUCAGACGGCUUCCAGUUACUUAGAGGCGGCGAUGCUCUGGCGGUGACGGAGACGGUUGUCCGGGCAGCGAUUGGGAGUAUAAAAAGGCGAGCACCAAACGAUGCGAACCUGAUUCUCCCGUACUACGACAAGAUCAAGAACCAGGAGCAUGGUGGCGGGACCUUUGCGGAUCCGGGACAGGGUACAGAUCGACUCUACGGGACGGACGAGGCGGGAAGGCCGGUGAUUCAAAGACGGGAGCCUCGACCGGACGAGCGACGCACACGUAUCUGGUACGGGCCGAUUGGAUCUGGGGAGAAGCUGAUGAAAAACGCAUCAAGGCGAAAUAAACUGAGGGAUCGGUAUAAUAUAAUCGGUCUUGAGAUGGAGGCGGCAGGAACCAUGAAUCGGAUUCCGGUUGGAGUCAUUCGUGGCGUAUGCGACUACGGCGACGAGCACAAGAACAAGGAAUGGCAGCCAUAUGCGGCGGCAAUGGCGGCCGCCUAUGCCAAGGCUGUGUUGGCGCAGAUAGGCCUAUCGAGACCAACAAGCGGUUAG